CGGUGGGCCAGUGCGUUGGGUUUGCUGAGGGCUUUUGGGGUUUGUCCAGCUCAGGGCUGAGCUAGCUGGCAGGAAGCCGGACAGAGGUCACUUCAACUCAGACCAUGCGUCUCUGUUAAAUACAUCAGCUUUUAAAUCAAUCCUCGUUCAAAGUCCAGUGAGUUUCAAGACUACAGCUUGCCAGCAGACAGUAAAUUCCCCAGUACGAGCCGCUCCUCUUCUAGACCCAGCACAGAAAUGGCCUCCGCCUUCAAGCCCCGAGAAUGUAAGCUGUCUAAACAAGAAGGGCAAAGCUAUGGCUUCUUCCUGCGCAUUGAGAAGGACAUCGAUGGCCACCUGGUCCGGAUGGUGGAGAAGGGCAGCCCAGCAGAGAAGACUGGCCUCCGGGACGGAGACCGAGUUCUCAGGAUCAACGGCGUCUUUGUGGACAAGGAAGAACAUAUGCAGGUUGUAGAGCUGAUCAGAAAGAGUGGGAAUUCAGUGACUUUGCUCGUUCUGGAUGGGGAUUCCUAUGAGGAAGCCGUGAAAAAACAGGUGGACUUGAAAGAGGUGGGUCCAAGUCAGAAGGAGCCGAGUUGGAGUGAUGAGAAGCCACGCCCUGUGAUGAAUGGAGGGGCGCAGGCUUGGACCCAGCCACGGCUCUGCUACCUGGUGAAGGAGGGGAGCAGCUUUGGCUUUUCUCUGAAAACUGUCCAAGGCAAAAAGGGAGUGUACCUGACUGAUGUUACACCCCAAGGUGUGGCUAUGAAAGCCGGGGUCCUGGCUAAUGAUCACUUGAUUGAAGUGAAUGGAGAGAACGUAGAAGACGCCACCCAUGAGGAAGUGGUUGAAAAGGUGAGGAAGUCAGGGAGCCGUAUCGUGUUCCUGCUGGUGGACCAGGAGACUGAUAAACACCAUAGUGAGCAGAAGAUAAAAUUCCAGAGGGAAACAGCCAGUUUGAAAUUACUACCCCACCAGCCCCGGGUGGUGAAGAUGAGGAAGGGAAGCAAUGGCUAUGGUUUCUAUCUGAGGCAAAGCCCAGAACAGAAAGGUCAAAUCAUCAAAGACGUAGAUUCUGGAAGUCCAGCAGAGGAGGCUGGCCUAAAGACCAAUGACCUGGUAGUUGCUGUCAACGGUGAGUGUGUGGACGCCCUCGAUCACGACAGUGUGGUGGAGAUGAUCAGAAAGGGUGGAGAUCAGACGUCACUGCUGGUGGUGGACAAAGAGACGGACAACAUCUACAGACUGGCUCGUUUUUCUCCAUUUCUCUACUAUCAAAGUCAAGAGCUGCCUAAUGGUUCUGUCAAGGAGGCCCCAGCUCCCACUCCUCGUCUGGAGGCCUCAAGUCCGGACACUACAGAGGAAGUAGCAGAUCAUAAGCCUAAACUAUGCAGACUGAUUAAAGGUGAAAACGGCUACGGUUUUCACUUAAAUGCGGUUCUGGGCCAGCCAGGCACAUUCGUCAAAGAGGUACAGAAGGGCAGCCCUGCCCAGCUGGCUAGGCUGGAGGACGAUGACAUCAUCAUCGAAGUGAACGGGGUGAAUGUGCUGGACGAGCCCUAUGAGAAGGUGGUGGACAGAGUCCAGAGCAGUGGGAACAGUGUCACUCUCUUAGUCUGUGGAAAGAAGGCCUACGAUUAUUUCCAGGCUAAGAAAAUGCCUAUUGUUUCCUCCAUGGCUGAGCCACUGGAUGCCCACCCUGAGCCCCCAAAAGGAACUUUGGCGGAGGCGGAGCAUGGCUCGCAUGCAGCAAAAGAACGAGCCCACAGUACAGCCUCUCAUUCUUCUUCCAAUUCUGAAGAUACAGAGAUGUGAGGAGGACAAAUCGUGGCUUUGGCUGGUGGCUGUUUCUGGGUAUUUAAUAGGGAGCCAUUCCCAAGGCAUGAGCUGCCACCUGUUUGCUGUCUCAGUUAGAAAAGAACUCCUCCGGAACCCAGCUCAUCGUGUGAUUGUUUCCUGUUGUCAUUUGUCUCAGAGGCAGCUACUGCCGAAGGCAUAUUUAUGGUUAACUGAGGAAAAGUGAAGGCGAGAGCCAGAUUCUUUUUGUGGGAGCUCUUUCAGGCUUCCACUUAAUUGCAUUUCUCUGUACGAUGAUAUCUCUUACUUCAAUAGGCCCCUUGAGCACCAAGGCUGAUUCAUAAAUCUGUAUAUGUAAGAGCUAACUAAAGUAUCUGCGAGAGAAGCCCAUUAAAAUGACGCUUUGUAAA